CCCAGGCAGAUAAUUUAUCUCUCAGUCGGUAUAAAAAGCUGUACAACCUGCUCCAAAUGCACAACACACUCAAGAAAGGAGAGAUUAUAACCAUCACUGCAGCAGAUUAAUAUCAUCAACAGCAUGUGGUUUUCUCUGGCUGUGCUCCUCCUGGCUGCCUGUCUGGCAGAUGUGACUCAAACUGAAGAAAGGGUGAAAGCCUCAAAGUUGCCGUCACUGCGUUCAAGACGAAUGGUCGGGGGAAUGCUGGCUCCUCACGUCCCCUGGCAGGCCAUGGUCUACCUCUCUGACAGUGUGCUGGACGGAGGCUAUGCAGGCGGUGCUCUCAUCUCCGACCGCUGGAUUUUGACGGCUGGCAGGAACCUGUUUGUCGGGAAGAGUCGACAGGACAUUCAGGGAAAAAAGCCUGUCAUUCCUAAAGUGUACCUGGGAAUCACUGGACGUGUAGAAGCCGGUGCCUCCAAAGAGGUUGCUGUACAGAAGGUUGUUCUCCACCCACGCUUCCAGAACCGAACUGACUGGGACAACGACCUGGCUCUGAUCCAGCUGAAGCAGCCUGUGGUCAUGAGCGAUAAAGUGACCCCGAUCCCCCUGCCAGAGAUGGGUCAAGACCUGGGAGAUGCCGUGGGAGGGUCAGGGGUCAUCACCGGCUGGGGCUGGGGGAUAUACCUAACCCCUGCUUCAUCUCUCAAAUUCCUCGUACUCCCCCUGGCCAACCACUCCGUCUGUAAGGCAGAAUAUGAACGUGACCCGCUCACACCAGCUGUGGACGACGACAUGUUCUGCACCGGAUCCCCCACGGUCGAGGAGAAUGUUUGUUUUGGUGAUGCAGGAGGCGCUCUGGCUGUCAAAGAUGCGGAAACUGGGGAGAUUUACGCUGCAGGGAUCCUUUCCUAUGACAAGCCCUGCAGCAGGUCGAAGUACGGCGUCCAUAUGAAGAUUACCUCGUAUCUGCCCUGGAUCCACAGCGUCAUCAGAGGAGAUACGGAGAGGUCGUCGACUCUGCGCUCCGAGGCGAUGUCCAAGAUGUUCUCCUUGCAGUCGUAGAGCUUCAGGCUCUGUUCUGCUGAUUUUGUAGAGGAAUCGUUGAUGAGUUUUAAUUUGAAUAAACGCCUGUAAUGCAACCA